CGCCUCUGUUGUUUCUGGCUGUCGUGUAUAUGAUGCGACUACAUGUCUUGUCACACGUAUCGGUUCUUCUGAUUGCUCAUCAGCUGUCUAAAGUGUGCACGAACUUAAGUUUGCAGGCAGAAUGGGUAGAAGCUACAUUGUAGAUGAAGCGGUGGAGAAAUAUCUUGGUGAACUUCAGACACCACCUGGAUCGUGUGUCACGGGACUCCUAACUGGUCAAUCGUCCCCUCAGCGAGAUUUUGUAGUGUUGGCCGUACAGACUCCUCACAGGGAGAGUGAGGGUCCUGCAAAAGCUUCGACUGGGGGGAGUCCACUAGAUGACAUUGAUGUGGAGUGGGUCACAGAACAUGCCAGACAGGUAUCCCGCAUGUUACCAGGAGGUCUCAGCAUCCUUGGGCUGUUUUUGGUAACCCCACCUGAACUCUCUAAAGAUGCCCAGAACACUCUAAAAAGGCUUAUAUUUGCUGUGGAUAAAUAUAUAACUAAAGGAAGACUAUGGGAGCUCACAGAGGAGGACGUGACGGAUCGAGUCACACUGCACAUUUGCUCCAUCACAAAGAAAGCUGUCUGCAGAACAUUUGAUGUGAAGGAUCCAAAGAGUUCAGCCAAACCAGCCGACUGGAAGUAUCAGACGAGCGUCUUGUCAUCCUGGCCCAUGUUAACCUGCUCUGUUGAGCUCGAUGUGCACAUCCCUGUGAAUGAAUCUGCCUCUAAUAACACCGAAAAGUGCAUACAGGAUGGUUUUAGGAAAUGGGCUAAGCAGAUUGAGGCUGGUCACUGUCUCAUAAAUGGUAAACAGGCAUUCGAUGACUCUGAAUUUAUUUCAGGACAGAAAAAGAAUCCAAAGAUUACCCAGCGUCAAACACUCCCAGCACGGAUCCUUGUCUCUGAUGAGCACCCAGAGGUGGAUGAGAGGUCCAGCGCACAGGUUCAAGUGUGCAGUGGUUCAGCGAGGGUUCGAGGGGUGGUGCACUGCAGAGCCUACAUCCACAACAAUAAACCUAAAGCCAGACAAGCUGCACAGGCCAUCAAGAGAGACAUCAUAAAUACGGUUUCCUGCAGAGUGGAGAUGUUUCUGGAGGAUCUUUUAAUAAGCGAGGGAAGUCACAAAGGCCCAUGCAGUGGACGGCAGGCUCUUCCUCGACGUGUGUUUGUCCCAGCGCCCUGCUCUGGUCUGUCUCUGUGUGACUACAUGUUUCCAGAUGAAAGCACAGGUGAUGUGGCCGAGCGUCUGAAAGAGAUGCUGGAUUGGGACAUCCCAGAGACGGACAUAGAUAUUAGUUUGGAGACCAGUCACUUAUUUUGCUCUGAGGUAACUGACAGUCACAGUAGUGAUUCUAGUGAACAUGUCACUUCAGAAGUUGAAACUCCCAAAAUCCAGAAAGCCCCUCAAUACUAUGCUGGUGUGGCAGUAGCAGCAGCUGUUGCACUUCUUGCUACGGCAACAUCCCUGCUGUAUUUUAAUGAGUAACACUGCAAACUACAUGUAUGUAUGAGUGUAUAAGCUUGUAUGUUUGAGUAAUAUGGAAUUAAAUGAUCUUAUAUAUGAUUUCAAUCAGAUCAUUGAAUAUGCACUUCAGUUCAUUUAUAAUAA